CACAGCUAUACCAUGAUCUUAGCGAAGAAAGGAAGGAAAGUUCGGGAAUAAACGCACAAACGCAUUACGGAAACAAAAGAAAUAGGUAUAAUAACUUUCCCACCAUCGUUUCAUUUUCAUCUAUCAUCUCUGCUAUAACACUGAGUGGAAGGAAAAUACGAACAAGGGUUGAGAAUCGAAGAUGUUCAAGAAGGCGGUGGAAGCAAAGUCUCAGCAGAGAUUAUCCGGUGCCGACAGGAAGAAGCUAAAGCGAACAAUUAAAGACAAAUUCCCAAGAGCUUCUGAUUCUGACCUAGACAUUCUACUUCCUCCCAAGGUAGAGAUAACAGUCGCCAAGUUUCAAACUCGAGUUCAUGUGUAUGCUGUGGAGGGAGGUUUUCCUGUGUUUUUCGACGUUGAUGGUCGCGGUUCGGACAUUUUCCCAACAGUUUAUGCUCUAUGGAUGGUCCCUGAGCUUCUGCCAGCUUUCAUACUCAAGGGCGGCGAGGUUUCUCGGUAUGUUAUAGGUGGAGCUGACUUGAUGUUCCCUGGUAUACUUGUGCCUCCUGAAGGUCUUCCAUCAUUUGCGGCUGGGGAAACAUGGGCAGUUAAAGUACCCGAAAAUCCUGCACCCAUUGCGGUUGGGAGCACAACGAUGAGCAGCGUCGAAGCUUUGAAAGCUGGAUUACGUGGAAAAGCAUUGAGAAUAACUCAUUAUUAUCGUGAUUUGCUUUGGGAAUCAGUUGAGGGCCGUUACGUGCCUAAUGAAGGUUUUUUGGAAGAUGUUGUGUUUGGGCAUCCUUCUCUAUUAUCACCACCUUCUCAAGACACUGAUUUGGCCGAGGCUUCUGGUGAGACAUCAAAUGACCAACAAAACAACACGAAAAGUAAUGAAGCGGAGGGAUCUCUGGAUGUAAGUGAGUUACCAGCCGACUCCAGCCCAUUAACAAGACCAAACAGUGAUGAAAAUACGGAGGAUGAAAUAACUGCUGGCAUGGUUGAUCUGAAAUUACAUAAUAUUGGCUCGUCUAAUGAACCAAAUGACCAACAUACUCUAUCAACCUCAGAUGUAGAUUUGUUGUUAGAUAAGUGCCUUUUGCAAGCACUGCAUACAACAUUGAAGGAUAAAGACCUCCCCAUUCCUGGAAGCACUCUAUGGUCAAACCAUGUAUUGCCAUGUAGGCCUUCAGGAAUGACCUUAGACAUCAAGAAGUCAUCAUACAAGAAGUUAUCUAAGUGGUUACAGGCAAAAUCCUCCACUGGCUUGAUAUCAGUGAAAGAAGAUAAGCAUAAAAAAGAAGUGGUACUAUUAUCAGUUAGCCGAAAACAUGCUGAUUAUUCAUCCUUUAAGCCUGAAAAAAGGCCAGUGGAGAAAACUGAGCAGUCCAGUGUCCAAUCUGCCAAUGAAGUUCGAUCGUCCAAAACUCUGGAAGUGGCUGAAAUCUACAAGCCAAGUGUACAUGUCAAUCCCAUCUUUUCAUCUGUAGGAGCUGAUACGGGGAAUCUUUAUACUGCUUGUGAAGCCACUGAUGUUGUCUUCGCAUACGUUGAAAGGGAAAAUUUAGUGAAACCAACAAAUAAAUCCCUUGUGGUUCUAGAUGCGAUGUUAUGCGAUGCACUGUUCAAGGGGUCUAUUAAAAAAGGAACUACGUAUCCUACAGAAAUUCACAAGAAAGAUUUAGGCCAAACAUUUGUGAACCGAAUGCAACCUCACCAUGUUGUCACAAGAGGUAAUGAAUCUGUAGUUCGUAAAGGUGCACUUAAAACAAUUCAGAUAAUGACAGAAAGGCGGCAAGGCAACAAGAAGGUAACCAAACUAUCUGGUAUGGAAUCAUUUCUCAUAGAUGCUGAAGCAUUAGCAUCAGAACUUCAGAAGAAGUUUGCUUGCAGCACCACUGUUGGAGAACUACCAGGUAAGAAAGGGCCUGAGGUUCUGGUUCAAGGUGGAGUUAUUGAUGACCUGGGAAGACAUUUGGUUGAACAAUAUGGAGUUCCAAAGAGGUUUAUUGAAGUUCUUGAUAAAACCAAGAGAUGAGUUAUUAUAAGAAAAAGGGGUUAUUUGUAAUACUUUGUAGCAAUGCUGGAUUUUGGAAAACGUAAUGCAUUUUUGCACUUAUUCGGUUUUAAUUUUAGGUUGAAGUGAGUGAAUACAGAAAGAAUAAACUCAUAAUAGAAAUGGACAAAGGUUCUUUUGAAUUUAAAUAUUUGUCAUUUAUAA